ACCUGAAGGUUUUCUCGCUUUUCCAGAGGAGGCAUCUCAGAACUGUCCACCCUUUUGCUUCCAGUAGCGUCUCAGGGCUUUCCUCAUAUGGUGUACCUCCCAAACACAGGUUUAAUAAAUGAGGUUUUCUUUCCCCUUGGCUUUUUUUGCUCAGUGAUAAGGAUCCAAAGAUCAUUUUAGCAACUGCAAAAUUUGUCUCAGUCUUUUUAGCUCUUGCAUGAGGAAAAAAAAGGAAGAAAGAAAAGAAAAGAAACAACUGUCUUGCUGCUCAGAAUUCGUGAAUCGAUGCGCUUCUAAGGGUAUAAAAGAAAGGGAAGAUCAUCUGAAAGGAUUCUAUUUUUGAUUGAACGCAUCACUCUGCCUUCCUCUGCUAACACCCAAUUGCGGACUAUUUUGCUGAGACCCUGUCCAUUUCGAGAUAAGUCUGAAGCGACAGUGAGGCUGCGUUUUAAUGAAGAAACCUCCGAGCUGCUAACAGUGACACAAGUGGAGGCCGAAGACCUCAGAGGCAAACCAUGCAGUCGUCAUGGAAACUCACACUGUUUCUGUCACUGACUAGCUGUCUUACAGAAUAUUCCAAAGCUGUCCCAGGAAUCCCUCCUUCAUACGCUGCUGUCUUAAGACUGAAAUCUGCCAGUUCACCUUAUUCCUCCUCUGCCUUUAACUCAAAGAGCCGGCAACGAUCCAGCAGCAGCCCUGACUUGGGAAGCAUCUCUGCACCAAGCUGGCGAGGAGCAGCCCAGCAUUAUCACUCCCCGACAAACCUCCAACACGCCUCCGAGGCCUUCAAACAUGAUGAGAGUGUGGAUUAUGGGCCGGUGUUUAUACAGGAGCCUGACAAUGUGAUCUUCCCAACCGAUUCAGAUGAGAAGAAAAUUUCCUUCAGCUGUCAAGCUCGAGGGAACCCAGCUCCAACCUACAGAUGGCUCCGGAAUGGAACAGAGAUUGACACUGAAAGUGACUACCGCUACAGUUUGAUAGAAGGAAGCAUUAUCAUCAAUAAUCCCAGCGAGACAAAGGAUUCAGGACAGUACCAGUGCUUAGCUACCAAUGUGUUUGGCAGCAUUCUGAGCAGAGAAGCGAUUCUUCAAUUUGCAUAUCUGGGGAAUUUCAGUGGCCGGACGAGAAGUGCCGUCUCAGUGCGAGAAGGUCAAGGUGUCGUGCUGAUGUGUUCUCCUCCACUUCACUCCCCAGAAAUCAUCUAUAGCUGGGUAUUUAAUGAGUUCCCCUCCUUUGUGGCAGAGGAUAGCCGGCGGUUCAUCUCCCAGGAAACAGGCAAUCUCUACAUAUCCAAGGUGCAGCCAUCUGAUGUAGGUAGCUACAUCUGCCUGGUGAAGAACACGGUGACCAAUGCCAGAGUCCUUAGCCCUCCGACGCCAUUGACGCUCCGAACAGAUGGUGUGAUGGGAGAAUAUGAGCCAAAAAUUGAAGUGCAUUUUCCAUAUACAGUUACAGCUGCAAAGGGAUCUACAAUUAAGAUGGAGUGCUUUGCACUUGGAAACCCUGUUCCAACCAUCUCAUGGAGGAAAGUCAACGGCCCCACUCCAAGCAAAGGCCGCCUACGGAAGUCCCAAGCGGUGCUAGAAAUCCCAAAUGUGCAGCUGGAAGAUGCAGGAACGUAUGAGUGCAAAGCUGAAAACUCCCGUGGAAGGAAUGUCUUCAGAGGACAGCUGCAAGUAUACACAUACCCCCACUGGAUGGAGAGGCUUAAUGAUACCCAGCUAGACAGUGGGGAUCAGCUUCGAUGGGAAUGUAAAGCCACUGGAAAGCCACGGCCAACCUAUCGCUGGCUAAAAAAUGGAGCGUCGCUCUGGCAGGAGAGCAGGAUUGAGAUGGUUAAUGGUGUACUGAUGAUCCACAGUGUCAAUCAGUCGGAUGCUGGAAUGUACCAGUGUGUAGCAGAAAACAAGCAUGGAGCCAUUUACACCGGUGCCGAGCUGAGGAUUUUGGCCUCUGCUCCAACUUUCCCACCAAGUCAGCUGAAGAAAACCAUCAUUGUCACCAUCGGCCAAGAAGUUGCUGCGGAGUGCAAGCCGCAAGCCUCUCCAAAACCGACCAUCUCGUGGAAGAAAGGAGAAAAGGCACUAAGAGAAAAUAAAAGGAUAACUGUUCUUCCAGAUGGGACCCUGAGAAUCCUGAAUGCCACCAAACUGGAUGAGGGGAGAUAUGUAUGCCGAGGAGAAAACAUAUUCGGUUCUGCGGAAAUAACAGCUUCUGUGUUCAUUAAAGUGCCUACCCGGAUAGACCUGUCUCCAAAGAGGAUGGAGCUGACUGUGGGAGAAAGCAUUGUCCUCAGUUGCAAAGCCAUUCACGACCCCACGUUAGAUGUCAUUUUCCACUGGACAUUGAACGGCCAGCCCAUCGAUUUUGAGAAGGAAGGUGGACACUUUGAAAGCAUCCUUGUGCAAGAAUCCUCUGCAGAUUUAAUGAUCAGGAACAUUCUUCUGAUGCAUGCUGGGAGAUAUGGCUGCAGGGUACAGACCACAGCAGACAGUGUGUCAGAUGAGGCAGAACUUCUUGUUAGGGGUCCACCUGGGCCUCCUGGAGUUGUGAUUGUUGAAGAAAUCACUGAAACGACAGCAACGCUUUCUUGGACUCCUGGGGCAGACAAUCACAGCCCCAUCACCUCCUACAACUUGCAAGCGCGAAGUCCAUUUUCCCUCGGCUGGCAGACCGUGAAAACAGUUCCAGAAAAUAUCAGUGGUGACUUGGAGUCUGCCAUGGCUGUUGAUCUAAACCCUUGGGUGGAAUAUGAGUUCAGAGUUGUAGCCACUAACAAAAUUGGGACUGGAGAUCCAAGUGCGCCAUCUAGAGUGAUCAGGACCAAGGAGGCAGUUCCAAAGACAGCUCCAGCAAAUGUCAGUGGUAGAAGUGGAAGACGGCAUGAAUUAGUAAUAGCAUGGGAGCCAGUCUCUGAAGAGUUUCAGAAUGGAGAAGGAUUCGGUUACAUUGUGGCUUUCAAGCCCAAUGAGGCAAGGGGCUGGAAGGAAAAAAUGGUAACCUCGUCUGAUGCCUCCAAGUUUAUCUACAGAGAUGAAAGUGUGCCACCUUUAACUCCAUUUGAAGUGAAAGUCGGUGCUUAUAACAACAAAGGAGACGGGCCCUUCAGUCCUAUUGUUAUUAUCCAUUCUGCUGAGGGAGAACCCAGCGAUGCUCCGACUGACGUCAAAGCUACAGGAUUGUCUGUAUCGGAGAUUCUUGUCUCAUGGAGGCAUAAUAAAGAAAGCCUAGGAAGACCGCAGGGAUUCGAGGUUGGUUACUGGAAAGAUAUGGAGCAAGAAGAAGCAGCCGAAAAAGUCCGUACAGAAGGAAAUGAAUCAUCCAUCAUUCUGACAGGGCUUGAAGGCAACACCUUAUAUCACAUGAGAGUCAGGGCGUUCAAUGCGGCAGGGUAUGGACCAGCUAGCAACACAGCCCGUGCAGCCACCAAGAAAUCACCUCCUAGUCAAGCACCAAGCAAUAUUAUGUGGAUACAAGAUGGCUCUCACAUCUCUCUGGGAUGGGAACCUGUUAGGCCUCUAGAGAAUGAAUCAGAUGUCAUGGGAUACAAGGUCCUAUAUAGACAAGAAGGUCACAGCAACAGUGAAGUCAUCGAAACGCAGAAGACCUCUGCAGUGGUGCUUCUGCCUGAUGUAGGUGUCUACAUCAUAGAAGUCCGUGCAGUCAGCGAAGGAGGAGAUGGAACGAGUUCCCAGAUCAGGGUACCGUCCUUUUCAGGUGGAAAAGUCACAAGUUCUCAAUCAAGCCUACAAGCUUUCUCCACAUCCUCGUCAACUGUAACAUUUCUAUUAGUACUGAUGGUUCCAUCGACCUCAUGGUGAAAACUGUGGACCUUUUUCUUUCAUCUGUUUGAUUGCUUUACCCCACCAACGCCAACGGAGAGAGAGCUCUGCGUCCCCAGAGGGAGAAAAUGGCAAAGAGUGACCUCUCAGAAGCAUAUGGAAAUGGACGCGGUGCCACAGGAACGUCGAGGGAGGGGGAAGAAUAAAUGCUAAAACACUUGAUCAGGUUUCUUCUCCUCCUUUUUUUCUGAAUGUCCUCUUUGGGGGAGGAGAUGUUUAUUGCCCAGCCAAAAAUAUGCAGAUUGUAUGAAAUGAACUUUUGUAAGCGAAUUAAAUUUCUGUCAAAUUUA